AUGUGUGCAGUGCACAAGGUCUUGGAAAACACCAUCUUUGAUCGGCUUAUCAAACUGCGCGAAGAAACCACCCGUGAUGAACUAGCCGGCCACGAGCCUUACACCGAUGGUAAUGAAGAAAAUCUCGUUCACGUAACCGAGGACAUGAAUGAAAGAACAACAGCUGCUUUCGGAACACCAACUGGUGUUUCGUUGAAUCUGGAAAGUGAAAUAAGGCAAAAGAGUGUUGAUAAUAUCAUGCCAAGAACAGUUAAGAUGUAUGCCGACGACGUGGACGGUCCCAGACUCAAACUUUCAAACUAA